AUGCCUCAAAAAAUGGUUGAUUUCGAGUAUUUGUUGUCAGUACAAAGCGUCACAGCUCUAGUCGACAGGGUAUUUUGGUUAUAUGGCAAUCUAAAAUUAACUAGAUGUUUGUUUAGAGAAUACAAAUACUUUAAAAAUUUUGCACUGUUGUUUGACAUAUUCGUAGUGAAGGGGUUGGAACAGGAUGGGUUCGAAGGGAGUGUGGAUGAGUCGGCAUAUGUAGGCGAAUUCGUUUGGAAUUUAAGAUCUGUAGUGUGCCUCUUGCAGGCAAGUCUUACGACCUUCUGUAUCACUUUUAAGCCCAAAAGAACCGGUGAAGGGUUUUGUGGCCAUGAUCUCUCAUCUUGUACAUGGAAUUGGGUUUGGCAGAAUUUGAAAAAGUACUUUUGUGGCUAUUAUUUUGAAGUUAUACCUUGGUUUUAUCUCAUAGGAGACCUAGAAGCGUUCUCAGCGAAGCAGUGGACCAAUGAUCUGGGGAGUGAAGUUGUCUUGACAUAUCAAAUAGCGAGUUUCGCCGCCGUUGAACCUCUGCGUAACCAUAGUUAA